AUGUCUAUCCGUGUUCUGAUCAAAGAUUACCCACACCGCGCAAUCGCCCUCGCUACCUCGACCCACACCCUCGUCCUCCGACACAGCGCGUCCACCACCGAACAGACGGGGAACCCCAAUGCCUCGUCCACGUCACUGGGGAGCAACGGCGCCGGCGUCGCGCGCUGCAUGGUCGAGUUCACCCGCCUGGAGGAAAUCGAUCUAGAAGACUACCGCGCGCUGCAUUCGGUCAACGUACACGGCACACUGGGCUUGAUCACCGUCAAUAGCGAUGUCUUCCUCGUCGUCGUCAAUGGCGCGAGCAAGGUGGCGACAGUACGGCCUGGCGAGACGGUGCAGAGGAUAUACUCGGUCGGCUUCUACUGCCUGACCAGCACAAGCUACGAUACCCUGCUCAACGACGAAGUCAACCCCUACCCCACGGAUACAAUCGAUGACGAAGGAUAUGAGAUGGGCUUCGGUGGCAGGAAGGAGCAAUCGCCCAUGGAACACCCGUGUCUGGCGCUCAAGAAGAUACUCAGCAGUGGAACCUUCUAUUACAGCUCAGACUUCGACCUCACCAGACGCUUACAAGACCGCACAACCGACGCCGCAACCGUUUCUAUCGACAGUCUAGACGCUGGCUUUCUAUGGAACUCAUACAUGAUCCAGCCACUGGUGGACUUUAGGAGCCGCCUUGCGCCGAGGGAGAAGGACGCUUUGGAUGCUUCGGGGAUCUUGACAUCUGCCAUCCGCGGUUUCGCACUCACCAUUACGAUUCCCAAGUCUUCGGCCCCCAUUAGGGUACAGGAUUCAGGCAUGCCGUCGUCCAUGACGCUCAUCUCAAGAUUAUCCUGCAAGCGGGCGGGCACAAGGUUCAACUCGCGAGGUAUCGAUGAUGAUGGGAAUGUCGCAAACUUUGUGGAAAGCGAAACAAUAUACUGGGCGCCGUCGGGAGCUUGCUUCUCUUAUGUGCAGGUGCGAGGAAGUGUACCCAUCUUCUGGGAACAGCAGGCUGGUCUCCUCCCAAACCAACAAAAGAUUACCAUCACCCGGUCGCCGGAAGCUACACAACCCGCCUUUGACAGGCACUUUGAUAAUCUGGAACUCAGCUACGGCACAACUCAUGUUGUAAACCUGCUGAGCAACGAAAAACAAAACGAGUUAGAGUUGACGCAUAGAUAUCGCGGGCAUAUCAGGAAUAGCCCGUUGAACCAAGGAAGCAAUCUUAACGACCGGCAGCAUGACCUCAUCAAGCUUACAGAAUAUGACUUCCAUGCUGAGACACGAGGACCCGGUGGCUAUGAGAUGGCUAGUAUGAUUGCUCAGUGGAUCCAAGGUUCUGCUGAAGGAUUCGGGUACUAUCUCUCUGAAGAUGUGGAAGAGGUGGCCAGACACAAUGGAGAAGACUACGCUGUCCGCCGGACAAUGAGCAUACUGCAACAGGAGGGUGUUUUCCGAACAAACUGCUUGGAUUGCCUUGAUCGAACGAACCUCGUGCAAACCAUCAUCAGCAAGAUGGCACUCGAAAUCUUUUUGAGCCACAAAGGCCUUCGAGCCAGUCAAGACUUCUGGGUCAGACAUUCAAGUAUGUGGGCAGACAAUGGCGAUGCUCUUUCAAAGAUCUAUGCGGGAACUGGAGCGCUGAAGUCCUCAUUUACGCGAUCUGGAAAGAUGUCGCUUGCGGGUGCUCUGGCAGACGCUCGUAAGAGCGCAACCCGAAUGUACAUUAACAACUUUGCGGAUAAAGGGCGACAGAACACCAUCGACAUGCUCCUUGGAAGACUGAUUGGCCAGGUUCCAGUGCAUCUCUAUGACCCGCUCAACGAUUAUGUGGUCGCAGAGCUUGCGCGACGAUCUGCGGAGUAUUCAGAGACCGAGAUGAUCAAUAUUCUCGUCGGAACAUUCAACUUGAACGGAAAAACGAGUGGCAUAAAGAGCGAUCUUUCGCCCUGGCUAUGCCCGGAUGUCGAUCCAUCACAGCAGUGCCCCGAAAUAGUAGCUGUAGGCUUUCAAGAGAUUGUCGAAUUAAGCCCUCAACAAAUCAUGUCGACAGACCCAGACAGACGCGAGGCUUGGGAGGAAGCUGUCAGAAUGUGUCUCAACAAGAAUGCCGAGAAGCACAGAAAAGACGAGUAUGUUAUUCUAAGAGGUGGCCAGUUAGUGGGUGCGAGUUUGUCGGUCUUUGUCCGGGCCGACUGCCUUACGCAUAUCAAGAACGUCGAAGGCGCUCUGAAGAAGACUGGCAUGUCCGGUAUGGCUGGUAACAAGGGAGCCGUAGCUAUUCGAUUUGAGUACGCCAAUACCUCGAUCUGCCUUGUCACGGCCCAUCUCGCAGCUGGUUUUGCCAAUUACGAAGAGCGCAACCGCGACUACAAGACUAUCAGCCAUGGCCUACGCUUUCAAAGGAACCGAUCAAUUGAAGAUCACGACACUGUAAUAUGGCUCGGCGACUUCAACUACCGGAUUGGUCUGAAUAAUGAGAAAGUGCAACGGCUGUGCCAUGUUGGUGACCUCGAGACCUUGUAUGACAACGACCAGCUUAAUCUGCAGAUGGUAGCUGGCUUGACCUUUCCGUACUACUCCGAGGCCCGCAUCACUUUCCCGCCGACUUACAAGUACGACCUCAACAGUAACCAAUACGAUACAUCCGAGAAAGCGCGCAUUCCCGCUUGGUGUGAUCGUGUACUUCGCAAGGGUGAUAACAUCCGACAAAUUCACUACAACGAUGCACCACUUCGUUUCUCUGACCACCGACCGGUCUAUGCUACGUUCCAGAUACUGGUGCAAAGGGUCGAUGAAAAGAAGAAGGAUACCAUGAAGGCUACUUUGUACAAACAGCGAAGAGAAGUGGUUGGCGAUACCCACGCGGCAGGCCGUCUGGGUGAUGAUGAGACGGACGACGAAGAUCUGCUUGGACCCGAGCCACCACCAGCACGCGGCUCACAGAGAGCACGCACAGUCGACUUCAACGGCCCCUCGACCAGUUUACCACCAACGCAGAAGCCCGCGGCUCGUAAGAUGAUCGCUCCGUUGUAUCCGGGUCAUGCCACUCAAAUCCUCGGUUCAGACGGUACGCGAGAUUCGCUCAGCGACCUCCGCCGCAGCGGCUCAAGCGCGUCUACACACUCCCUUCCCAACAGCCUACCUUACCGCGCAUCAAAUACGCUGCCCCAAACACAAUCCUCCAGUAAACCACAAGUCCUCCGCAAACCAGCACCACCACCAAUCCCCAACAAGAAACCCGCUCUCCUUUCUAAAAGUUCCUCUCUAGGACCAACCUUCGCACCCCCUCCACAACGUUACCGUGAUGAUCCCCCGGAAGAAGAAUCGAGGGCAUAUCCUCCGCAGUCAACCAGACGCUCAAUGGCUCCGCCUCCUCAUCUGACCAGGAAACCAGUGCAAAAUCUUAUUGAUGAUGACGGUGACAAGCCGGCAUUGCCGCCGCGCACAGGAAGUGGUGGGAGUAGUAGGAGGAAUCUGAUGGAUGAUGAGCCGGACGAUAUGCGUAAUAUGGGGGAUUGGGAAGUGCUUAGACCUGUAAGGUAA